AUGGCGACAACAACUGCAUCGUCCAGCGACAAAGAAGUCUACCACAAUGUGCAAGAGAAGGAUGUCCAAAUCGUCAAUCGAUCCGGUUCCGAAGGCGAUGCUAGCGUUGAGGCGGGUGAAGUGAAUAACCCUCUUCAUCGAAAACUGGAGAGUCGCCAUAUGCAGAUGAUUGCGAUCGGUGGUGCCAUUGGAGCUGGUCUCUUCGUCGGAUCAGGUUCUGCUUUGCAAAAGGGUGGGCCUGCGGCGUUGGUCAUGGGAUUCAUGAUCAUCGGUGUUCAACUCUUCCUCACCAUGCAAGCCCUUGCCGAACUCGGAGUCCUGUUUCCCGUCAAUGGAGCCUUCUUCACCUACGCUUGUCGCUUCGUGGACCCAUCUUGGGGCUUUGCGAUUGGUUGGGACUAUGCUAUUGGCUGGUUGGCUAUUCUACCAUUCGAAAUCACGGCAGCCAGUCUCACGAUUGCGUUCUGGCCCAGCGCUGCUGAUAUCAAUAUUGGAGUCUGGAUUGCCGUCUUCCUCGUGGUAUUGACCGCGGUGCAAUUCUUCGGCGUGAGAGGCUAUGGUGAGGUCGAGUUUGUGCUGAGUAUGGUGAAGAUUCUGGCGUGUACGGGAUUCAUUAUCCUGGGUAUUAUCAUCAAUUGUGGUGGCGUACCGACUGACAACAGAGGAUAUAUUGGCGGGAAGUAUUGGCAGGAUCCGGGUGCGUUCAGGCACGGAUUUAAAGGGUUCUGCUCUGUGUUCGUCACAGCCUCCUUCGCUUUCGGAGGCACUGAGCUCAGUGGGCUCGCUGCCGCUGAGGCUAAGAAUCCUUUGAAGUCGAUCCCCCAGGCAACUCGACAAGUCUUCUGGCGUAUCGCCUUCUUUUACGUCGUCAACCUCUUCGUUCUGGGCCUGAUCGUCCCCUCUGACUCCGACGUCCUCCUCAACUCCCACGGCGCGAACACCAAAGCCUCGCCCUUCGUCUACGCCAUGGUCCUCGCAGGGAUCAAAGGUCUUCCUUCCGUCUUCAACGUGGUCAUCUGCCUGUCGGUUCUGUCGGUCGCAAAUAGCGCCACAUUUGGCAGCACACGAACCCUGCAAGCUCUGGCAGCACAGGGCAUGGCACCCAAAUUCCUCGUAUACAUCGAUAAGCACGGCCGACCGAUCUGGUCUAUCAUCAUCCAAAUCGCGUUUGGUUUCCUAGCCUUCGCCAACGAAGCGACUGAUGGCGGAUCACAAUUCUUCAACUGGCUUCUCGCACUCGGAGGCUUGGCAAACUUUUUCAUCUGGGGCACCAUUUGCCUAUCUCACGUCCGUUUCCGAGCCGGCUGGCUCGCUCAAGGCCACACUAUCGACCAAUUGCCCUUCCAAGCUUGUUUUGGCGUUUGGGGAUCAUAUGUGGGAAUCUUCAUGAAUGUCUUGUGCAUGGUAGCGACCUUCUACACUGCACUCUUCCCCAUUGGAGGUUCGCCGAACGCGAUGGACUUCUUCGAGACGUAUCUCGCGGCACCCUUCAUCUUCGCACUCUAUCUUGGCUGGAGAUUCUACAAGCAUCGAGGCUCGAAGUGGUAUAUCAGUGCACAAGAUAUGGAUGUGACCAGUGGGAUGCGUAUGGAUAUUGAGGAGCUGAGAGAGAUUGCAGCAAAGGCUCAGAGUGCCAAUGCAGGGAUCGCGUCUUGGCCGAAGCGCUUUGUGCGAGGUCUGAUCUGA